AUAAUCGUUUAAAAAAAGAAUGAGUUUUUCUGCGUGAUGGUUUUCUCGCAGUGAUGGUUUGUUGUGCGAUAUUUAUCAAAGGCGAGAUAUAGCGUGAUUGAUUGAAAAGGCUCGAGUAAAGUAAAGGCAAAGCCAUUAUUCGGCAAUUCGCUCCAUUCGUUUGAACUCGUUCGCUCCGGGUGUUCCUCUAUGAGGUCAGUGUUUGAUUUUCAUGUUUAGCAGUAUUUUUAUAUUUUUAUUUCCGAUCGCUUUGUUUUAAAUAUUUCAUUUUUAAUGCUAGAGUGAAUAAGAAUUAAAGUCAAUAUUUUUAACGAUACAUAUUUCUCUAUUAAGAGUCACGCAUAAAUAUUGGUAUUAAAACGAGUUAAUAAACAUUUUUUAAUUAGAUUUUAUUUUUUGCUCUUAGCUCGAACAACAUGUCACCGUUCUAUGCUGCAAUCUUUUUGCACGGCCUGUGCUUGGCCAACGCCAUAAACUUCACAACCAUCUACGAGUGGGACAAAUUUGAUUUCGCCUGGCCAUCGGGAGCGAACAGUUCAGAUGAACAGAUUGAACAAAAUUUAAAUUCAAGUGAAGUUUAUUUUCGAUUCAUGGCUGUUGUUGAGGAAAGGCUCUUUCUAAACCUUGAUCCAUCUCCCGGAAUUCCCGCCACUUUGGUGUGGCUGCCAACAAGCGGAAUGCCGACUGAACCUCCAAAGCUUAAUCCUUUCCCUUCUUGGGAUUUAAGUAAAAAAGACAACAACUGCGACACUAUUCAGGAGGCCAGAGGCAUGAAAGCGGACACGGAUGGUCGUUUGUGGGUGCUGGAUCUAGGUAGCAGCGAAUGUCCGAGCAAACUUUGGAUAUUCGACCUGGCCAACGACACAAUCGAGCGUGUACACCAAUUCCCGGACACAGUCGUCUCUCAUUCCCAUUCUAAAAGGUGGCUGUCUGAUAUAGUGAUCGACAAAACGGCAGACGACGAUUACCUUGCAUACAUCGCGGACUAUAGCUCCGAGCACAUCGUUGUUUAUUAUCUAAAAACCGACCUAUCUUGGCCAGUUAAAACACCAGAAUUUGUUUGGCAAUGCUUGGCGCUCUCUCCUAACCAGGAAGCGAGACAGCUGCUCUACCUUAAUAGAAGAUCUUGGUCCAAUAAUGAACUGUAUUCAGUGUCCGUGUCUGAGCUGGAGAAUGAAGCCGGAAGCGCUGCUGUUAAAUUCAUCGGCAAUUUUACUGAAACACCUUACAGAAUGUUGAUGGACAGCGCCAAUGUCUUGUAUGCCGCCUUUUACAACCAGAAUUACCUAUCGAAAUGGAAUAUUUCGGAGCCCUUUCAUGAGCAGCGUGUUCAUGAGGCCGCCGGAGAGCUGGGAGCCGGAUGGCCAUUUACUUUUGCCUUGGACGCGAGCGACACUUUAUGGAUGAUGGAGCGAAACCAAUCUGGGAACGAGACUAAGCACAAACUUCUGAAGGCUGCAGUAGGCGCAAAAGAUUCAGCCUAUUCACAGCCUUGACUUCGCCUUAAGCAUAAGGAACAACAUCAGUAUGACCACGUCUUCCCGAAUUCCUGUUUCUAAGACCACGCGACACGAGAUUAACCUACAAAAUUAAGACCCAACUCGGCAGAUUUUUACUACAAUAUCUACUCAACACUCGUCUGCCCUUCUCCUCACAACCUUGUCUAUUCAAGUUAUAUAAAUGGAUCAAGAGACGGAAGUCAUGAAACGCAAUCUACAACUUAUUUUGUCUUUCCAUUUAUCAUAAUAAUCUCAUCUCUGCACAAAGUUGUCUACUGAGCCUAAUAUACAAUAAUCAGUAAUCUGUGUGUUACAUAUGAAUAAAUAGUAAAUAAAAAAAAUUAAAUAAAGCUGAACGAACACUUUAUGGAUUUUAAAAAUUCUAUAGAUUAUAAAAGUACUUUUACAAAUCUCAGCAAUUGAAGUUAAUACACGAUUUAAAAGAGAUUCAUGUUAA